CGCGCUGUCUUCUUCAAGUCCCUCUCCCUCGUCUGCUAAACCCUAAACCCCAGCCGUCUACGAAGAAUUAGUGUUUCUCUCCCCUGAACAAAAAAAUCAACUAUAAUGGCUCCUGCUGCCCUUAGUAAGAAAAAGGGACCAAAAGCACAGAAGCCCCCACUCAAAAAGAAGCAAAAGAAGAAUGAUCUGUUUGCUGCAAAACGUUCCAAAAAGCAAGAUAUUUCUGAUGAUUCGGAUUCUGAUAUUUCAAAUGAAGAAGUAAAAGACCCCCGAGAGUUUGAAGAGGAAGAACGAGAAUCUGAUUCAGAUGCUGGUUCAGAAUUAUUUUCAGAUGGAGAUGAUCCCCUUGCUGAAGAUUUUCUUCAAGGAAGUGGAGACGAAGACAAAGAUUCAGGUUCAGGUUCCGACUCUGGUUCAGAUUCAGAUUCAGAUUCAGAUGAUGGAUCUGAUAUUGAAAAGAAGUCAAGAGCUAUUGAUGAAGCACGGGCAAGGGAAGAAGAAGAAGCUCUUGAAGAAAUGCAGCUCAACAUUAAAGAAGAGUCUGAUGAAUUCAGAUUGCCAACCAAGGAGGAACUUGAGGAAGAAAAACAGCGACCUCCUGUUCUUUCAAAUCUUCAGAGAAGGAUUAAAGAGAUUGUUCGAGUGCUUUCAAAUUUUAAGGACUUGUGUCAAAAGGGAAGAACAAGGAAAGACUAUGUACAGCAGCUUAAAAUGGAUUUGGGUACAUACUACGGUUACAAUGAGUUCUUAAUUGGGGUUUUGGUGGAGAUGUUUCCACCAGUUGAACUUAUGGAACUUAUUGAAUCAUUUGAAAAGCCUCGGCCUAUAUGCCUAAGAACGAACACUUUGAAGACUCGGAGACGGGAUUUGGCUGAUGUUCUCAUAAACAGAGGAGUAAAUUUAGACCCCUUAAGCAAGUGGUCAAAAGUAGGGUUGGUAGUCUAUGAUUCUCAAGUGCCAAUUGGUGCAACUCCUGAAUACAUGGCCGGUUAUUACAUGCUACAAAGUGCAAGCUCUUUUUUGCCAGUAAUGGCCCUUGCUCCCCAAGAAAAUGAGCGAGUUGUUGAUAUGGCUGCUGCACCUGGUGGUAAAACAACUUACAUUGCCGCUCUUAUGAAAAAUACUGGACUAAUCUAUGCAAAUGAGAUGAAGGAACCAAGGCUUAAGUCUCUGACUGCAAAUUUACAUCGUAUGGGGGUGACAAACACUGUAGUUUGCAACUAUGACGGGAAGGAGCUGCCCAAGGUUUUGGGUGUCAACACUGUUGAUAGAGUAUUGUUGGAUGCUCCUUGUAGUGGGACUGGGGUUAUAUCUAAGGAUGAAUCUGUUAAAACUUCUAAAAGCCUUGAUGAUAUUCAGAAAGUUUCCCAUUUGCAGAAGCAAUUAAUACUCGCUGCCAUUGACAUGGUGGAUGCUAAUUCCAAAUCUGGGGGAUAUAUUGUUUACUCCACUUGCUCCAUCUUGGUUCCUGAGAAUGAAGCAGUUAUUGACUAUGCACUCAAAAAGAGGGAUGUCAAACUUGUACCCUGUGGACUUGACUUCGGACGUCCAGGAUUUGUUCGCUUUAGGGAACACCGAUUUCAUCCAUCCUUAGAAAAGACAAGGCGAUUUUAUCCUCAUGUUCACAAUAUGGAUGGAUUUUUUGUAGCAAAGUUGAAGAAAAUGAGCAAUUCUAAAUCAACUCCAGUAGCAUCUGAACCUGUAGAAUCUGUUGAACAAGCUCCCACUUCAAAUGAGAGCAAUGGUGAAAAGAAGACUGAACAGCCUUUGAAGGAAGAAGGCACUAGAGAAGCUAAAGGCAAUAAAGAAGCAAAGGAUGCAAAGAAAAAGAAACGUAGUUUAGUUGAAAAUGGAAAUGUAGAGUCCCAAUCCAGUCCACAGAAAAGGAAGAAAAGGAAAUUCCCAUCUAGAGAGGAAUUAUCAAAAGUCAGAGAAGAGAAGAGAAAAGCCUUGAGGAAAAAGAAGGCUGGUGCAGGCAAGGAGGGUAGUAAUAGCAAAUAAUCAGUUGAUGACAACACAAGAUGGGUGAAUCAGUAACACUAGGAUUCAUUUCUGGUGGGAGCAAGGAACAGCGCCGACGGGAAUGUGAUAUCCGACAGUGACAAAGUACACAAGCAUCUACUACAUGAUCAAACUGUAUUUAAGAAAUCAAUCUGAAGCUCAAGAUUUUGUAACCCUUGCUGCAAAAUGUCCAGUUUUUGAGUAUUUAUGGUAUUUGAUUUUUCUUUACUUGACCUUGGGCUGUACUAGUCCAAAAAAAUUUUGUUAUCUCACAAUGUCAAAAUUCAAACCCUUUGUGUUCUCAUUACUAAAUAUAAUCAGUUGGUUGUUGUAAAUGUCAGUGUUUAUAUCUGGGGUUGACUUGCAUACACUCAUUUCUCUCCAACAAAAUGGUUUCUACUUUAAGCAAGUAUCUUGCAAUAACCGGCCUUGAUGUUGCACAAAACAU